AUGCCCGAAGGAAAAGGCUACUCCUACACCAGCUCUGGCACCAACAGCCAGGGCAACCACUACUGCUCUCGCGACUACGGCAAUGGCUCGAACUCGUACCACUACUCGAACAGCAACGGCUCCUACUACUACUCCAACCCCAACGGAAGCACCUACUACAACAAUGGAAGUGGUGGCUCGACUUACACUCCUCCUAGCGGUAACUCUGGCAAGAAAUGA